CUUUUAUUGAGAAGGCUUACUAAGAACUCGAAUCGUAUCAAGACUGAAACUUGAGUAGAUCAAAAUCAAUAAAGAAAUCUAAACAACACAGAACAAUAAAGAAAAGAUGGAGACGUAUAUACUUGUCUUGGAUUCUUUCAUAAGUAUCCUUCUGUUCGGACCAUUAGCGUCGUCUUUCUGGAGAGGAACCUGGGGUUUAGCAGAUUUGUAUAUAUUUCCCGAGAAUCAGCUUCUUAGCUUAUGUGUGUCAUUAGUUUGUGGACUCCUUAUAUAUCUGACAGCUAUAAUUCUCCAAACACAGCUGACGUCAUUAAAUAAGAAGAUGAAUUCUCCUGUAUUCUAUAUAGUUUCAAGGUUGUAUUCGUAUAUCCUAGGGAUUGCUAUCAUUAACUAUUGGAGAGGUCUGUGGGGUUUGGUAGAUUUGAGUGGGUUUACGCUGCGAAGUGCUGGAAUAACAACGGCGAUAUCAACCAUAGCAUUGGUGCUUUGUAGAGGAUCGUCGACCUCCUUAGGCCCUCCAUUAUUCACAAUCACAGAUAUUGGACGAGAUGAAUAUUUUAAAAUCACAACCAUAUUUAAAACUAAGCCCGGUCCAUCUUUACGAUUUUACAUGGAUAGUUGUUUCUCCGUUGUGUUCGUAACUGGAUUUGCUAUCACACAAUGGAGAGGUCUGUGGACAUUAAUAGAUUUACUUCUGGUUCCAGACGAUGUUUUUCGGUCAGCUUGGUUAUCUCUUGUAGCUGGAAAUAUUCUAGCAAUCUUUCUUUUUGUGAUACAAUGGCCAGUCAUGUGGUUAGCAGGAAAAAUACGACGAUUACCACAAACAAAUGUUGAAUUUAUUGCGUUAUUAGGCAUUGAAGAUUUAAUGACUAUCUGUGGUACGUUGGCAUCGGUUUUGGUAUGGCGUGGUUGCUGGUACUUAUACGACCAAUGCCUGAUUGUGCAUGAUACUGAAUUAAGUUUUUGGGUUUCACAUGGUAUCGCAAUGGUGAUUGGCAUGGUUACUUUGCAUUACCCAACAUUAAUGCUAAAUGGGUUGUUUAUGGAUGGAGAAGUUAUAAAUAGCGGUGAAAAGACCUUCUUUGAUACAAAAUUUAUUUCAAAUUUUACACAAUACAGCGUGGACGCAUAUAAAAAGAAAUUAGAAAGAACACAAAGAAAACCAAGGGAGAUAAAUUUGGAAGAGGAGAAAUUGUUGGUUACGGACAAGUUGAUUUUACAUAAGGAUAUGAAUCAUGACGCAUCCUUGAACGAUACUAAUUUCUGAAUCUGGGGACUCCCAUUCUCUCUAGAUCACCCGACGCCACUUGUCAUUUAAGACGGAUGUCUGCGUAGCUUAUAACCCUUGCUGUGCUUUUAUAUUUCACAACUUGCCAUUGAUUUGGUUCGCGACAGAAUAUUCUUAUCUGGAUUCUGCACCGAUGGAGAAGUUAUCAAUAGUGAUUAAAGUGUUCUUUGGUACAAAAAGUAUUACGAAAGUUAUCGAUUUAAAUAAUUUCAAAUAAUUACGCUCUAUUAUUAUU